CAAUACAGCCCACUCUUCUGCGCAACGCUUCACACAAGCAGCUUAUUACACAAGUCUGUUAUUGGAGACAAACUGGGAACAUGAGGCUUCUCCUGAUAAUGUAUUUUUGGAUCUGUUUUAUGAUUGAAAAUCACAACUGCACACCUAAACAUGAUCAGGUUUUCUCCAUCACCCCAAAGACAGAGGAGGAAGUGAACAUCGUCAGAAAUGUGUCCAGCGAUUAUGAGACGGUGUUGUGGCAGCCUGCUGCUCCUGGGUACAUAAAGCUCAACAUGGAGGUGCACCUGUUCAUCCCUGCAUCCAGGCUGGAUAGUGUGCAGGAUCUGCUGAGCAAAAACCACAUCACACACCAAGUUCUGCUGCGGAACACCCAGGAGCUGAUCGAGAAGCAGACCCAAAACAUCUCCUCAGACCCACGAAGCAGUCUGUCCUACUACGAGAGAUACCACCACCUGGAGGACAUCUAUCAUUGGAUCAAUAAAACUGCACAUGAUCACCCUCAGAUAGUGGAGGUCAUUCUGAUUGGAUCGUCGUAUGAGAAGAGGCCACUUUAUGUUCUGAAGCUGACGGGCAGGGGAGGGGCCCAGCCAAAGAGAGCGAUGUGGAUGGACUGUGGAAUUCAUGCCAGAGAGUGGAUCUCCCCGGCGUUCUGCCUUUGGUUCGUCCACUACGCAAUUGAUUAUUACGGUCUAGUUCCUGACAUCACUGAGAUCCUGGACAGCAUGGAUGUCUACGUGCUUCCUGUCAUGAACCCUGACGGAUACGAAUACACAUGGACCACAAACCGCAUGUGGAGAAAGAACCGGUCCCGCCACGCAGGAAACUACUGCCUCGGAACCGACCUCAACAGGAACUUUGACGCAAACUGGUGCACAGAGGGGUCCUCCCAGCGGGCCUGUGAUGAGACGUACUGCGGCCUGUUCCCGGAGUCGGAGCCUGAGGCUGCGGCCGUGGCCAGGUUCCUGCGCCGGCAGAAGCAGACGGUGAAGCUGUACCUGUCCAUCCACUCCUACUCACAGAUGCUGCUGUUCCCCUACUCCUGCUCCUACCAGCAGGCCAGCAACCACCACGACCUGAAUGAACUCGCUCAGCAGGCAGCACGGAAGAUCAAGAGGCAUUACUUCAGUACGUACACAUACGGAGCUGGAGCCAGGACCAUAUACCUAGCCCCUGGUGGCUCUGAUGACUGGGCCUAUAACCUGGGUAUCAAAUAUUCCUUCACCUUGGAGCUCCAGGACCGGGGCAGAUACGGCUUCCUCCUGCCCCCAGAACUCAUCUCCAGAGCCUGUCAGGAGGCCCUCACGGCCGUUAAGACCAUCGCUGAGGGGGUCAUCAAGAAAACCCAGUAAUGCUCCGCUUAUGAAGUCCCAAACUAUUCAACUCAUCGGCCUGAUCCUGCUGGACAUUUUUUAAUAUUUUGUGUUUGACUUCAGAACAUAUCAAUCAAAAUCUUUGCACUAGAAUUAACUUCAUCCUUAAUGUUUGCUAAUGUAGCUACCUGCAGGAGCAGUAAUAAUUUCCCGGGUAUGCAGCAUAAACUUCUCUAGUGACCUGCACUGCUACUUAAAAACACACAUCACACACAACACACACACAUCACACACAACACACACACAUCACACACAACACACACACAUCACGCACAGCACCCGCCCAAUCGCUUGCUGUACAGCAAUGUCCCAAUCAGGAGCUGAACCUGCAACCUCACACCCAGUGCCCCAGCUGUUUCUAUGUACAAACUCAAAAUGUAUCUGUAAUUUCAAAGCAAUUCAACCAAAGUUCAACUUCAGAUAACAAAUUUAAAUGUUUUGAGUAUUUUUGGAGAAUGCACACUAAAAUAAAAAAGUGCAAUGAC